AUGUAUGUGGAGGACAACUGCGGCUUUGAUCCCAACAACAUACCAGAUGCUGCAGCCCCAGAAGAUGGAUUCCACCCGCAAAUGAGCGGAUUCCCCGGUGCUGAUGGAAACCUCAAGCACCCCACGGAAGAGUUUUCAUACCACCACCACCACCACCACCAAGAAGAUGCAGCCGCUGCAGCUUCAGCCGCCCUUGACAUUGAGUUUCAGCAGCAGCAGCAACAACUGGCCUUCAACAUGGAGAGCUCCACCAAUAUAGACAUUAACACGGCGACCGGCCAGUUGGUGUCCUUCGAUCAUCACCACCCGAAUUGGCAUCACCAACACCAACACCACCAACAACAACAACUCCUCCAUGAGCAGCCUGACCUUCUCAACCUCUUCCACUUCCCAAGAUGCUCACCCUCCUCCUCCUCCUCCUUACUCCCCGCAUCAACCAUCACCUUCGCGAACAGCCCCUCCUCGUGCUCCUCGGUCCUCUACGACCCGCUUCUCCACUUGAACUUGCCUCCACAACCUCCUCUCUUCAAGGAGCUCUUUCAGUCCCUCCCGAAUGGCUACAACACCUUUCCUUCAGCCUCAAGAAACAACAACGGCUCAUUGUUUAGUACUAGUGGGGACAUUGAGAGAGAAGGAAGUGCAGGGAUUUAUGGGCCUGAAGGAUUGCAGUUUGAGAAUGGGGUGUUGGAGUUCGCGAGGGACGGAGCUCAAAUCGAAAGAGGGAGAGAUGGCAGAGUGACCAAACAUUUCGCUUCCGAGCGCCAUAGGAGAGAUCAGAUGAGGGACACUUACACAACCUUGAGGAAUUUGGUUCCUAACCCAACUAAGAACGAUAGAGCAUCAGUUGUGGGAGAUGCUAUUGAGUACAUCAAAGAACUUAGGAGAACAGUGAACGAGCUGAAGAUACUGGUGGAGAAAAAGAGGCGCAGCAGAGAGAGUAUCAAGAGGCAGAAAACUGAGGAAGACAUCGGUGGGGACGUUGGGGACGUCGAGAACUGCCACAUCAAGAUGGAUCCUGACCAGUCCUACACAAGGAGCUCCUGGCUUCAAAGGAAAUCCAAGGACACCGAAGUCGACGUUCGAAUCAUCGAGGAUGAGGUAACCGUCAAACUUAUUCAGCGAAAGAAGAUCAACCUCUUGCUCAUCGCUUCCAGAGUGCUCGACGAACUUCAGCUGGAUCUUCGCCAUGUUGCCGGUGGACAUGUUGGCGACACCUAUAGCUUCUUGUUCAACACUAAGAUAUAUGAAGGUUCUUCUUUGUAUGCAAGUGCAAUUGCUGACAAACUGAUUGAUGUUCUGGACAGGCAAUAUGCUGCUAUUCUUCCACCCACUAGUAGCUAUUAG